AUCAUUCAAUCACAACGUUCGCUACGUACCACAUCGACGCAUCGGGAACUCAUAAAAAAAAAAACUUAGUUUUCCAUCGACUAACCGAACGAAAUGAGCACAACAUGACCACGCUGUGUCGGUACCGAUCGGAUCGUCGUGGGACAUUGACGAUGAAGAUCAUGAAACUUCAAUUAGUGAGCGCGGAAUGGACGAAACGGAUUUUUUAAUUGUGCGUGACAGUUUAUUGCGAACAUUUCGGUGCUGUGUUUCGAGGCUGGGGUGCUGCAAAUAUUUAAAAAAAAAAAAAAAAUUAGAUUUUUUUUUAUAAAACCUAGUCAAGAUGAUGUCCACAAAGCAACUAGCUUGUAUGCUUGCUCUCCACAUAAUUUACCUUUUGGUGGGCGCAAGUAUAUUUUAUCACAUAGAAAGUCCUUUAGAAGUGCAACAGAGGGCUGAAGAAAAACUGGAAAGACUCGAAAUUCAAAGUCUCCUUAACGAGUACUAUAUACCGGACGACCCGGAAAAACAAGAGACGAUCCUGCGGAAGCUAUCAGCCUACUGCGGCAAGUCUGUCCUCAACUCAACGACAGAAGAUACAGAGGCUCCAUACAAAUGGGACUUCUACCAUUCAUUCUUCUUCUCUUAUACGGUCGUCAGUACUAUUGGUUACGGUAACUUGUCCCCGACGACACAUUUAUCGCGUAUUCUUAUGAUAUUCUACGGUCUCUUUGGCAUACCCAUCAACGGUAUUCUACUUGCAAAUCUGGGUGAAUAUUUCGGGCUUCAGCUAAUAUCAGUAUACCGUAAAUAUAAGAAGAAAAAUGAAAAACGAGCCGAUAACUUGGACUUUUUCUUCAAUAACCUUGGCAUGCUCGGGCAGAUUUUUCUUUAUCUGGUCCCCGGAUUUCUGUUCUUCAUAUUCUUGCCAGCUUGUAUUUUCGUCGUGUUUGAAGGCUGGGAUUAUGUUGCGGCCAUAUAUUACGCCUUUGUCACUCUCACGACGAUUGGAUUUGGUGACUUGGUUGCAGGAACUGUCAACAAUGGUUUCAAGUGGGGUUACUUUUUUACCUACCAGAUAUUCCUGAUAGUCUGGAUCACAUUUGGACUUGGCUACAUCGUGAUGUUACUAGGUUUCAUUACUAGUGGCAUGAGAUCAGAACGCAUACAUAGAAUAGAACAGAAGUUUGCCUAUCAAUUUAAGGCCACGCAGAACAAGAUUCUACAAGGAUUCACCAAAGACAUUUCCGCUCUUAGGAAAAUCAUAAACGAAGCCAAUUUGAUCAAAAUUAAGCCAAUAUAUGUCGAUACAACACCACACAUUACGAGAAGUGCCAGCUGUCCAACGUUCACUUUUGACGUUGAACCAAGAGAUCCAAUCGUGAAACGAAAACGAGCAAAUUCUGAAAAUAUUCAACUUUCUGCCAAAGAUAUGCUACGAAUACAAUCAGACACUGAUUUACUAGGAAUAGACAAAGAAAAGACAUUCACAGCUUCUGCUCUCGUAAAACCAGCGGAACUCUUAGCUCGAGUAGUAAACGUACUCGGAGGCUUUGAAUCACCUCAGCAAAAGUCUGGUAUCAACUUGUUUGAUGAUGAUCAUAUUUUAGCGAAUGAAAAACCACCAUUAUUUAGCAUAGGCCAAGAUCUCAUUACUAACUCACCAAAGAGAGCUAGGGCGCUCAGCGUGGCUGUACCGAAUUACAGAAAAGAAUCUUUGGCCACGAAACUAGAUCAUGAUUUCACAUGGACUAGCGGAGAAUCAGGAGAUAAGCUUAGACGAGAAGCUAAUAUGAGAAGUGGGAAAUUAUCACUGCCCUCUAAAGUCCCUCAUUCAGAUUGCUCUCAACCGCAAAGUAUUAUCUCAAAAUUCUUCUUCAGAAAACAAAGUUCAACUGAUAAUCCGGCCGAAUAUAUCAAAAGCUCUAUGAGGGAUCGGGUUAACAGUGCACAAGGCAGCACUGAAAGCAUUAAAGACAAUGGAAAACCUAGGCGUGGAAGUAUAUUUCCUUCAUUUAUAUUCGGAUCGUCUGAAGGAAAAAACGAAGCUGAUGCAUACAAAGAAAAGACAAAACGAGGGCGCCAUAGUAUCUUUCCCACUUUUGAUUUCCAUCGUAGCGAAGAAGAUUCUGCAAGCGCUUACCUAGAAAAGACUAAGCGUGGUCGUCACAGCAUUUUUCCCACAUUUGACUUCUCGGAAGACGAAGACUUUGCUGCAAUGCGAGCUUACCAACAGAAACCUAAGCGGCACAGUAUAUUUCCUACUUUUGAUUUUAGUGAAGAUGAAAAUGCAUCUGCUGCUAAAGUCUAUAAAGAAAAAACGAAACAAGGAAGACGUAGUAUUUUCCCUACAUUCGAUUUUAGCGAUCCUGACGAUGAUAUGGCUGAGCGUUAUAAAGAAAAUACAAAGCGUGGUAGACGCAGCAUUUUCCCAUCAUUCAAUUUCAGUGGUCUUACAAAUAAUGAUGAGGAUGAUACAGUAGAUGAAGAUGAAGUGCAGAGAUAUCAAAACCGUACAAGGAAAGGUCGAUUAAGUCUGUUUCCUACUUUCGGCAAGUCCAAGAAGAACGACGACGAUAACUUGCCCGAAAGCUCUGACGAACUUGUAGAUUAUAAAAACAAGACCCGCCGCGGUCGCAGUAGUCUAUUUCCUUCUUUCGGAAAGGAUCGUAAAGACAGUGCACAAACAGAUGAUCCCAGUGAUCUCGAAACUAGUAUUCGACAAUAUCAAAAGCAAAGACUGGCACGGAAUAGUGCUUUCGAAGGGGACGAUUCCAGGAAUUCUACUCCAGAUAGAAGAAACAGUAUUUUCUCUAGUGAUAUAGAGAAUUAUAGAAGUAAAACAAGAGGCGGCCGUCCCAGUCUUUUUGACCCAGAUGUAAAUAUUUCAAACUUACCACAAUCAGAGCAAGUGGAAGUUUUAGAGCAUACUAGUGUUGCUGAUUUACUGAGAGCUCUCGCAGCAUUAGAGGCAGCUGGUCAAAAUCCUUACAGUUCUAAUACUGGUGAGCCAUCAGGAUUAUUAGAAAUGAUAUCUGAACCCUUGUCUGACACAUCUAGAAGACGAGGCUCCUUGAGACAUGAUCUUCAGUCACAAACACCUCCUGGUUGCGUAGAAGACUGUACUGGUCCACGCCGUCGUCGAAUAUCAGCUAGAGCGGCUGCUCCUCAGUUUACUCCAACGCUGGCAACUGUUGUUGCUGGUACGGAAUUACAGUUAAGUACCGCAACAGCUGCUAGAGAAAAUCGCAUGUCCUUGUUAACUCAGCCUCCACCCCCUUACUCUGAAACUCCUAGUGAAGAAGAGAACAAGCCUCGUCUUAGAAGAUAUUCUCCUGCUCCUGUACCUAGUGAUUCUGGAAGGUCUGCAGGUCCUGUACCGAGACUUUUUUCAAGGAUGCGCAAAGAAAGCGCUCCCAAUACGGAGGACGGAGACUCGAGAAGAGGUAGCCUAACCGAUAUAGUCAUUGAUAGUUUUAAAGAUAAAACGUGAUGCGAUUCCAUUAGUGAAAUUUAGUUUUAAGUAUUCUAUUUAUUUUUAAUAUAGUUAUAAUUAAAUAAAC